AUGGAACUCAGUCUUCCUGGCCAGGAUGAAGAUGACGAGGGGUGGAUUUCGAAUUUUGCUCUUGACUUUCCGACCGAUCAAACCCGUCAUUUUGACCAAUCUGAAACAACUGAUUUUCCAAUGAGCUUCGACGCAGAGGGAGGUGCCGCACUUCCUUCCAACACAACAUUGUAUGCCUACCAACGGGGAAACGAUGACUUCGACUUGAUGGAUACUGCUUUCCUGGGUCAUUUGCUACCCACUGAGAACCAUACCGAAGAUUGGCCUCUGUAG